AUGAGGUGGCCUGUAUUUCUGAUCGCAGUGGCCGCGUCUGUGGCGUCUGCCCUGCAGACACUCCCCCCGGCACACUUCGAUGCGCCUGAGACCCCCACAGACGAGAGUUUCUCACUCGGGACAACGGAAAGAAUCAUUUACAUCGAGAAGGGGUUCGCAUCAUGGGUUGACCACAAUGGAUUAACCCUGAUUCCCCCGUCAGCAUUGGAAUUUGCGCAAACGUUUCGUGAUGAUCUGCAAGAGCUGACCAAUUCUUCGUGGGACAUUCGAACCGUCAGUCAUUUUCCGAAAUCGAAAUCUGGGAUCUUUCUCGGUCGCUCCAAGAAAUCCCAAACUGAAUUUGUUUACGAGGACGGGACUUCAACCGAGGAAGGCUAUGAAAUGCGGGUCGAGAAGGACCAAAUCUUCAUUGAAGGCUCUGGUGCUCGAGGAAUGUGGUGGGGGACUCGGACCUUGCUUCAGAAGCUUGCUCUCAAUCCAAACUUUUCAAUAUCAGUCGGCGCUGUGAAAGACGCCCCUGCAUAUCCCACGAGAGGAUUCAUGUUAGAUGCGGGUCGCAAAUGGUACUCCUUGCCUUACCUGAAGGACCUGUGCACCUACGCAUCUUACUUCAAAAUUUCCGAGUUCCAUUACCAUGCAACCGACAACUAUCCCUUGAGUAGAGGACCCAAUGUCUCAUGGGACGAAGUCUACUCGCAAUUCGCCCUGCGUCCAGAAAACCCCGAGCUCUUACCUUUGGUGCAGCGAAUCAAUGAGACUUUGACCAGAGCCGAUUUCGAUGAGUUCCAAACUCACUGUGCGCAGCGUGGCGUCACGGUGAUGCCCGAGAUUGAAAGCCCCGGUCAUUGUUUAUCUGUCACAAAAUGGCGACCUGAGCUGGCGUUGGGCCAACAUGAUCUUCUCAACCUCUCGCAUCCCGAUACCAUCCCAUUGGUGAAGUCUAUAUGGUCUGAGUUUCUUCCCUGGUUUCAUAGCAAGGAAGUCCAUAUUGGUGCUGAUGAGUAUGAUUCGACUCUUGCAAACGACUAUAUUAGCUUUGUCAAUGAGAUGACCGAGUUUGUUGCUGAAGAAUCAGGAAAGGGAAUUCGGAUCUGGGGCACCUAUGAGCCCUCUGAGACGCAGACAAUCAAUAAGAAUAUCACAAUUCAGCACUGGCAGUAUGGCCAGUCCGAUCCUCUACAACUUGCAGCAGACGGCUAUCAGAUCAUCAAUUCGGAAGACUGGUGGGCUUACAUGUCGUUGAAAAACGACCACGUUCCUAUCAGCCCGGCACCUUAUCCUCAAGUUUUUAACAACAGCCGUGUCCUAAACUUCGCAGAUGAACAUGGCUGGCAAUGGACCCCACAGCUCUUCAACCCGGUGAAUCUGACGGAACAACCCGACCAAAAAGCCGUUCGAGGCGCAAUUCUUGCUGCAUGGAACGACAAUGGUCCAGAUGCGACAACACAGCUGGAGGCUUACUACGCCAUUCGCAAUGGAAUCCCAGUUGUUGCAUCUCGGGCAUGGACAGGAAGUCGCGGCUCAAGGCUUGAUGAACGAAGUCUGGACACUUCGUUGGAGAUUUUGACCGGCAAAGCUGUCGGUCAAAAUUUGGACCGAAGAUUGCAGCGACGAAAUCCCCAUGCUUCUAAGCCCAGCCUGACCUGGAAACGACCUCAAACAGAAAAUCCCCUCGGAGUAUAUGCGCUUGGCCAUGACAGCAAAGGAAUGAAUUAUACUCUGGAUCUUACAGUGACUGGGCCAUUCUCACUCGAGAGCGCCGAUGACGCUCUCACCAUGUCUAAAGAUGGUCAGUUGACAUUUACUUCGGAUGGAUGGCCGUAUCCCCUUCGAUCAGUUGCCCAGGAAGAUGGGUUUGAUCCUUCCCAGCCGGGCCGGAUAUGGGCCAAUGCAACUAGCUCCAGCCACGAAGUUGUGAAAGUCCCUCAAAGGGCCAAAAUAACGAUUACAACAAGCGAGUCGGUAGGCAGCAGGGUCUGGGUGAAUGGUGACUUUGCGGGUCGGUUCGAAGUUUUCGUCUAUGGUGGAAAGAAUACGGUCUUUUCUUGGAGCCAAAUGGCUUUUGUUGCUCCUCUUCAAACGAUCCGUGGAAAAGGUCUACAAAAGCUAACGCUGCAUUGA